CACCUCCUUUGCAUUGUAGGGGCCCAUUGAAACAUACACCUGGUUGUUCAAAGGUCGCAUCCGCCAUCAAUGUAUCCUUGAGCGGCGUGCCAUCGGCAAUGGGUUCUUCGGUCGACGUUGCGGGCACCGGUGUGUCGGUGACAGGUUCGUUUUGCGCGCUCUCGUCCGCCAUGAUGACUGCUUAGAGGUUCAGAAAGUUGCAAAGGAGCUUGGAGCUUUCCGUGAGCACCGUACACUCAUGAAUGCGCCGGAUGAUUGUCGGUUUCCGAUCCUAAAUGUUCGAGCUUGGGACGGGAUGGCGAAGGGUCUAAACUGGUCAGGUGACUUCGCGUUGCCGACGUGCUUUCAUUCUGCGAUUCACGCCAUCGCGUUCCUCGCCUACCCUGAUAUUCGCCACAGCGAGGUCUCAAAUCUAGUUAUUCUUUCGUUACUGCUGAAGCGGCUUCUACCUUCUGGAUCAUGGCGACUUUCAAGGAACAUCUGCAAUAACCGUCAUGGAUGCGUUUGUCAAGCGGCUUCCCAAGCCCGACGUCAUCCAACCUUCAAAAAGCCCAGCGCCAGCAGAUGAUGGCCUAGCUGAGUCUCCUAGGCCGCAGAAGAGGCGAAAGCAGGAUGUCAUACCAGACUCAGAAGAAGAUUCGGAAGGGGAGCUCGGGGGUGAUGACGAUGAGUUCACGCGUCAUGUCCUGCACGAGAAAAGCGCACAGCAGCUCACAGACUUUGAAAAUGCUCUUCCCGACGCCCAAGAUGACGAGGAAGCAAUCAGAGAGUAUGAAAAUUUCAAGCUGUCACAAGAAGCAGAGAUAAAGGCGGGAAAUGGAAGUGCGGAGAAGAUCAAGACGACUUGGGUACGAGGGAGAAGCUCAAUCUAUGUCGAUGCAUUCAACUUGGCUCUCGACACAGUAUUGGAAGAAGAGUCGCAUCUUUUUGACGCGAAAGAGGAGGAAGUUUUUCGACAAUGGAGGGAGCUUCACUAUGAGGCCCAGUUCAUGUAUGUCAGGCUUUUCCUUCGCAAAACCGAUGCCUGGCAUCGCUCAACCCGACUGAACUAUUACUCGGACGUGUCGGAUCCCGAGAAGGCUGUAGAAACGCUACAGCAGCUGCGUACGCUCCCAGAUGGCCCUUCAUCUGACACACAUGCAUCUACGGUCGAUAGUUCGGGUAUCGUGCUAGAAGAUACCUUUACCUUUGCGGACAAAUCAGAGGACCACUUCAAGACUGUUGCACAAGCGGCUUCCCUAUUAAGCCUGGACGAGCUCAAAGCAGUCGCCAAGGAAGCCAAGGUACAAGGGAAGAACAAAGCCGACCUUGUCAAGGCACUGUGUCGCAUGACGCAGAAGCAAGCGGGUCUGAUGUCGUUGGGCCUAAGCAGACACAAUAGCCGCGAGGGAUCUAUCGCCUCAGAGGGCUCCGAGAGUCCUGCGCCCAAGUCCAGGGCCAAACUGAGGCGGGAAGAUUCCAACCGGGAGCAGCAUUUCCUUACCAAGAUACUCGAAAUCCUGGGACCAUGCGUACGACUAUCUCCUGCUCCGUUCAAGCUGUUCGAACGCGUGCACUUGGUCUUUUAUCGCUCAACAGAAUGGACGGAAAAGUCACUGACGACAAUCAUCUUGGCCAAGAUCGCCAGACGGAAUUUCCCAGAGUAUCUGGUAUGUCGUACGUCCACAAUCUUCGCAUCGAGGGCACAUUUGCUGGAAUUCGAGUCCGGCAUUCGCCUCGAGGCAGAAGUCGAUAGGAUCACAGAGUUCGGCGAAGUACCGGGCGAGGCUGGGUUCCAGAGAAUCUUUGAGAUAUUCGAGGCCAUCUACCCGCGAUGGAAAGCACUCAUCAUCGAGGAGGAGGACAAAGAGCAGCGCGUGUAUGAAAUGGGUGAAGGCGCCUACUUACGGCGCUUCACGCCUGCCCAUUCGUACACCCGCAUCAUCCACAAAGCCCUUCCUGUCUUUGCGCGAUGGAAGGAACAUGCCAAAGAGCAUAGCCUUCUGAGUGAACUGCUCGGUCAGAGGCUCUUCCACAUGGCAAGACGCGGAGCCUGGUAUCAGCGCAAAGCCCUGCUGGAGGAGCAUUACAUGCACGCCCUGGACGAGAAUCCUGUUUCCGAGACCGAAGAAAAGCAGAUGAAGCACUGGAGGAAAAUCGCCGUGGCCACCUGUGAGGCAGGCCUUCGUGACCCCGACUGUCACUUGAUCUAUCACUAUGAUCUGCAGAAGCGGCUGACCAAGCUGGAGAAGAAGCUCAGGAUACCCAAGCGCGAGCAGCAUGACUUUGGUCACGUACGGCUGGCAGAUGCCGAGGAUAUCACUGUCGAAGGUAUUCAACUGAAGAGGGACGUGCCUGUCAAGCCGGGACGGCAGGCGGCUUCAACCAAGACCAUUUGGCUCGAUGAACUCGACUCGGGUGGCGAGUGCAGCGUCGAGGAGAUGUGCCUGAGCAAGUUCCGCCAGGAUGGCUGGAAGGGAUAUCAUGCUGAGGGGGGCAUCAUCCGUACACUUUUCGCCUACCUUUUCUACGAUGUUCUUUUCGUCUACAUACCCAACGUGUUUCAGACGGCUUUCCAGACAUGCCCUCUGGAUCUACACACCGACGCAUUCUUCCAUGUGAGGGCUUCCGAGAUCAAUCACCGACUGGUCGACAUAGCCAAUGGGCAGGGCGAGCGCAUCGUGCGAAAGGUAUGGGAGAAUCACCACGACCGGCGGACUUGUGUCAUCGGCUUGAAGUGGGAUUUUGACAUUGAGGAUAUCGCACAGUUGGUGUCCUGCUUUGAAGGCAGUGCGCUGGCCGCUGUUUGCAAGGUGAUGGCCCAGGAAUACAGGCAGCGCGGGGGCGGCAUCCCAGAUCUGAUAUUGUGGCGACCGUUUGGAGAAGACGAGCGCUCAUCUCGAUCUGGCGGUGAGCCUGGCACUGCGAACGGCGAGGUCAUGUUUGCAGAGGUCAAGAGUGCCAAUGACCGCUUGAGCGACACGCAGCGGCUCUGGAUCCACGUACUCACUGGCGCUGGCGUCAGGGUUGCGCUUUGCAACGCCGUGGCUGCGGAAGUGAGAGAGGUUGAUUGAACGCAGAACCCGUCUAUGCAACCAAAUAUCACAUGUGCGCUGUCGGCUCUCCGACUACCAAAUAUAGCAGCGACCAUCAUGAAACCAGAAGCAGGUGAAACGCAGUUUCACGGGAGCCCCUGAUCCAGUCGUCUCACUGUUUCUCGUCUUUGCUUCCACGAGCCCCCAGGUGAACAGCCAAUCGUGUCGUCCCCAGAGAGGGGUGUAGUCACCGGGGGCUUUCCUAUCACAUCACCGAGAGCUAUAGUAGGGAUCUCACACAUUGAAGGAUCUCUACGAGAU